CAAGCGCGCCUCGCCAUGUUCAUCCAUAUAUACCCAGCCUCCCGCUUCCUUGAGCUCAGCUCAGACACUCACACGGUCACACCCCUUUUCCUCAGUUCUUCCUCACACCGAGAGCAGCUGCGCACGGCGAAGCUACUGCUAGCUCAAGCUCAGUAGCGGCCUUGCUAGAAAAGCCACUUCUACACCCAGCCAAGUAUACCAUGGCGGCGUCCGUGGCCUGCGCCUUCUUCUUCGACGCCGAGCCGGUCGGCGAGCCGUGCCGGCACGCCCUGGACGCGUGCGCGCUCUGCGCCAAGCCGCUCGCGCGCGACAGGGACGUCUUCAUGUACAGAGGGGACACCCCCUUCUGCAGCGAGGACUGCCGCCACGAGCAGAUGCGCCUCGACGACGUCCGCGACAGGCACGCAGCCCGGAGGCUGCAGCGGUACUCAUCUGGAACGGCGGAGUCCCGUCGCGGGCAGCGAGAGGUCAGGAAGGUGUCGAUGUCGAUUGCGAGCUAGCGGCCGGCCGGAGCCCGUGGCCGAGAAAAGUAUAUGGUUUGAAACUGUAUUCUGAAGAACCGCCGA